AUGGACUUGGCAGAAUUGCGCUUGCAUCUGCGAGACAAAUAUAUGCAGAUGGGGGACAAUAAGGGCCGUCUGCGUCGCAUAAGGAAAAUCAUCCCCGACCCUCUACCUCCACUGGCCACCGUGACUGUAACUCCUGCCGACUCUGUUCCUGAUAAUUUAUCAUCAGAGUCUGAGCAGCUGGAUACUCAGGACGGAGACACCACUGAUGAUGACCACUCACUUGGGUACAUCACAUCCGUUCUUGCACAGCGCUCGUUAGAAGAUGAGGACACCACAGAUGUGGGGUCCAUGUUCAAUGAUAUCCCCCUUCAACAACUUUUCAACUUUGAAGAUGAGAGCUGGGUAAAAAUGACAGAAGCAUUUGGAAUGAGGUCAAUUGAUGAUGAAUUCGAGUUUUAUGAGUUAGUUGACAUGGAUGUGGAAGGUGAAGAUGACAAACAAACAUUCAAUGAUAUGAUGAGUAGUACAAUCUAG